AUGCGAAAGUUGGGUUGGGACGACAUGGGAGUGAAGGUUGAUGGUCGGCAGCUACACCAUUUGCGCUUUGCUGAUGACAUCGUACUGAUAACACCUAGCAUCAGCCAAGCGGAACGAAUGCUGACCGAAUUCGACGAAACAUGUGGAUGCAUCGGUCUUCAGCUGAAUCUGCAAAAGACGAUGUUCAUGCAGAACGGAUGGGUCUCGGAUGCCCCAUUCACGCUCAAUGGAACGAACAUAUCCGAACGCACCAGCUACGUUUAUCUGGGUCGGGAAGUGAACAUGAUGAACGACCUGACCCCCGAGCUGGGCAUAGGAGACGAGCGGUUUGGGGAGCGUACAAGAGCAUCGAGGAUGUAG